GGGGGAUUUCCAGCCUCAGCGCUUCGCAGUUUCCUCUCCUUGUUUUGCUUUCGAUCUGGACUGUUCUCAGGCAAGCCGGGGAGUAACUUUUAGUUUUGUUCCUGCGAUUAUUCAUCUGACGGGCUUUCAUUUCCAUUUCACACAUCCUAGCAACACUUAAGCCUUGCGGAAUUGUAUUGAUAGCGUGAAAAAGCACACUGAGAGAAGGGCACCAUGCCGGUGGAGAGAAUGCGCAUGCGCCCGUGGCUGGAAGAACAGAUCAACUCAAACACGAUACCAGGGCUAAAGUGGCUAAACAAGGAAAAGAAGAUUUUUCAGAUCCCCUGGAUGCAUGCAGCUAGACACGGGUGGGAUGUGGAAAAAGAUGCACCACUCUUUAGAAACUGGGCCAUCCAUACAGGAAAGCAUCAACCAGGAGUAGAUAAACCUGACCCAAAAACAUGGAAGGCGAAUUUUCGAUGUGCCAUGAACUCUUUGCCUGACAUUGAAGAAGUCAAGGAUAAAAGCAUAAAGAAAGGAAACAAUGCCUUCAGAGUCUACCGAAUGUUGCCUUUAUCUGAACGGCCUUCUAAGAAAGGAAAGAAACCAAAGACAGAAAAAGAAGACAGAGUGAAGCAUAUCAAGCAAGAACCAGUUGAGUCAUCUUUGGGGCUUAGUAAUGGAGUAAGUGAUCUUUCUCCUGAGUAUGCGGCCCUGACUUCAGCUAUAAAAAAUGAAGUGGAUAGUACGGUGAACAUCAUAGUCGUAGGACAGUCACAUCUGGACAGCAACAUUGAGGAUCAAGAGAUUGUCACUAAUCCACCAGACAUCUGCCAAGUUGUGGAAGUGACCACCGAGAGUGAUGAGCAGCCGGUCAGCAUGAGCGAGCUCUACCCCCUGCAGAUCUCCCCCGUGUCUUCCUAUGCAGAAAGCGAAACUACCGACAGCGUACCCAGUGAUGAAGAGAGCUCGGAGGGCCGACCACACUGGCGGAAGAGGAACAUUGAAGGCAAACAGUACCUCAGCAACAUGGGGACACGAAGCACGUACCUGCUACCCAGCAUGGCGACCUUCGUCACUUCCAACAAGCCCGACCUGCAGGUCACCAUCAAAGAGGAGAGCUGUCCCGUGCCUUACAACAGCUCCUGGCCCCCGUUCUCAGACCUCCCCCUCGCCCCCUCCGUGACCCCAGCGCCCAGCAGCAGUCGGCCAGACCGGGAGACCCGGGCCAGCGUCAUCAAGAAGACCUCCGACAUCACCCAGGCCCGCGUCAAGAGCUGUUAAGCCUCCGACGUCCCCUGGUGGUUGUUGGGAUUUCUUGUUAUCGUUUGUUUGUAUUAUAUUUUUCUUUCUGACACCUAUUUUAGACGAAUCUUAAGGGAAAAAGCCUUGACAAUAGAACUUUGAUUGCUGUGUCCAACUCCAGUACUGGAGCUUCUUUUUAACUCAGGACUCCAGCCCCUUGGUAGACGCGUAUCUCUAGAGCCUGCUGGAUCUCCCAGGGCUGCUCCCUCAACUUCAAGGACGUCAUAGGACCAACACCCACACGGGCGGCGAGGUGCUGCAUUGCCUGCGGUCGAGGCCAGCAUGGUGGAACGGAUGCCUCUGAAUGGAGGAGAAAAUGUGAACUAGCUGGAAUUUUUUAUUCUUGUGAAUAUGUACAUAGGGCAGUACUAGCGACGUUGCAGUCUGCUUCUGCACCUUAUCUUAAAGCACUUACAGAUAGACCUUCUUGUGACCCUGCUCUGUUUCAUAGCACAGUCAGCACCCCCCCUCCCCUCCCACCCCCUCCACUCCUCUCUCAGCCCCUCCCUCC